AUGGCCGGCGGCAUGGGGUUCGUCCUCGGCGGCGCUUUCGGUCUGUUCAUGUCGAGUAUGGCCUACGAUACACCCCUCUCGCCGCAGGGCCAGCAAAUCACCUCUCUACCAGUGCGCGAACAACUCCGGCGCGGCCUCAAAGACAUGGGCUCGAAAUCCUACUCGUCGGCCAAAAACUUCGGCAAGAUCGGUGCCAUCUACAGCGGCACCGAAUGUGCCAUUGAAGGCUUCCGUGCAAAAUCCGAUCUCACAAAUUCCGCCCUUGCCGGCUGCCUCACCGGAGGCGGGCUCGCGUACCAGGCUGGCCCGCAGGCCGCGGCAUUGGGCUGUGCCGGGUUCGCGUUGUUUUCUACCGCCAUUGAUGCGUACAUGAGGAUGCCGGACAGUGAUUGA